CUACCGGUCUUCACCACGCUGAGGAGUUAGGAAAGCGAUGGUAUAAACCGUCACAUGUCUUCCAUUCCUGAUUUUGUUUAUUUUAGAUUUUUAUUUGGCAUGAAGGCCUGUGGAUGAACUAAUCACGACAUCCAGGAAAGAUGAGGCAGAACAUGUUUCAGGAGGGGCUGUACCAAGUGUUUUUUAAGGAGACUCGUCCCUCACACCCCACAGCCCAGGACUCCAAUAACGGGGAGCUGAACAACGCCAGGAUCCACCGCUGGUUUGGGUCUGUGGUGAACACGAGACUUUUAGUGAUCGGGGUGGUUCAAAUCUUCAAUGCGCUGGCAUGCACGCUCACCACAGUGAGCCACGCAUGUGUGAGGUAUGACUGUUCUGUCUCCAUGAUGACUCCAGUAUGGUCCAGCUUAUUUUAUGUGGCUGCUGGGUGUUUGGCAGUAGAGGUGCAGAGAAAAGCUAGUAGAUUAAAGAUCAUCUCUCUGAUGAGCCUGAAUGUUUUCGGCCUGCUGGUUGGGUUUUCUGCUCUGCUGGCCAACAGUCUUGUAUCAGUGUCACCUGCAGCACUCAGCUCUAACAAGCAGAGGGCGGGUUCACAUGUGGCCAACGUCAGUUCCAUACUGUUCACCACCCUGUGUCUCCUGGGUUCAGUCUACAUACUGUUCCUGUCAUGGAGGGGUUUGCGCCGCUACAGUUCUCCCCAGAUCCAGGCCUACUGUCACGUCUCACAGGAUCCUGAGGACACUAAUGGGCUUCUGCUGGAACAGGAAGUGAAUUGUGAAUUGCAUGAAAACUCCUCAGAACUUUCCUGAAAACCAAAUGACUAAUGUUGACGAACGCUCUGAGGACAGUUUGAGCAAUUCCUGGUGUAACAUGGAUGAAAUCUUAUCGUCAUCACAUGGGAGUCUCUGCAUGACUUUCUCUCAAGAACAAUCACAAAUACCCAAAAUGCAACAAAUUUGAAGCCAAGGCAAGAACUGAUUACACACCAAAAACAAAACAAAACUGAAGACUGUAAUAAUUUAAAAAGCCUAAUUUUGUAAAUAAAGUUUACAAGCUUAUAACUAAUGUUAAAGAUUAGAAAGCCUUGACAGU